UUCUUUAGCUAGUCCGUGGUUUCUCUUUCUCUUCGUUUCUCCUCUCCUCUUCAGUCUCUCCUGCCGCUGCUGCUUCCGUCGACGAAGACACUGCCCCGCCUUCGUCGUUGCUCUCUCCGACGACGUUGCUCCGAAGAAGGAACAGAUUUACCAAGGACAAAAUAUUCUGCCUCCACCCAUGUUUUGAAGGCUGAACUAGGCGAACUUGUGGUUCAAUUUGUCUAAAGUUUUUCAAGAUCAAAUUCAGCAAUUAUUUGUGCUGGAAUGAAUAUAUUAGAUGAGCUGUUGAACGAGUUAUGCUGGAUCAAUAAUUCCAUUGGGUUAUGUUUGUGAGGAGGUAGUUUUCCUCAGCUUCAAGGAAAUGGAAUUGCUCACUGUUGAGAAAUUGGUCUAGUGUAAGGUGGAGGUGGGGGGUCGUUGCUAGACUCUUCUUUCAUGAAGGGUUAGUUGGGAUUAAACAAGGGAUAGGAAGAAGGGCAUAUCUGCACUAUGCAGGAAGAAUAUUUGGGGAGAUUUGGAGUGGUGCUGAGGGGCGAAGAUAUUGGGAAGAUAAGAACUAAGAAUCUUGACUGGUUAGCAGUGAAGUUGAGAGAACUAUGAAUAUACAUUGGAAUACUGCGUGACAAGGAUGCCAGGCAUACCUUUAGUGGCUCGUGAAACCACGAAUUACACUUGCUACUGCAGUUACUCUACAGGUACGGAUUCAAUGUGCAGGCAAGGUUCUGCUACGCAUUUGUCUGCAGAGGAGGAGGUUGCUGCUGAAGAAAGCCUUUCAAGUUAUUGCAAACCUGUUGAACUCUACAACAUUCUCCAACGCCGUGCUGUUAGAAAUCCUUCCUUCCUUCAAAGAUGUUUACAGUAUAAAAUUCAAGCAAAGCGCAAAAGGAGGAUUCAAUUGGCAAUUUCUGCGCUAGCAACUGUGAACGAUGAAUCACAGGUCCAGAAUUUAUUUCCUUUGUGUGUAAUUUUGGCAAAGCCAGUAUCAAGUGCUGCAGCUGUUGAGGCAUAUUCUGCUGUCUAUCAAUUUAAGCGGGCAUGCAUAUCAACCUCAUUCAGUGGAGUUGAUGGGAUAAAUCGAGCUCAAGCAAAAUUCUUUCUCCCUGAAAUUAAUAAACUCUCUGCUGAAAUAAGGGCUGGCUCUCUUGUCAUUCUGUUUGUCAGCUUUGCCGAACUUGUGAGAGAUCAUGUGGAUACAUCUUCAUUUCCAUUGAAUCUUGAAGGGCACUGCUUGUUGGGCAGAAUGCCGAUGGAAUUACUUCAUUUAUUGUGGGAUAAGUACCCCAAUGUGACUUUAGGGGAGAGAGCUGAGAUGUUAUCAACUAUUGACUUGAGUCCUUGUUUCAUGAAGACGAGCUGUUUGGACAAAGACAGACGUAUUUCCUUCCAGUAUCCCCGCUGUUCUGCGGCUCUGGCGACAAUACAACAGCUGCAAGUCAAAGUUGCUUCAGAAGAAGCUGCUGCAAGAGAAAGAACACGAUAUGAUUCAUUCUCCUAUGAGGACAUUCCUACUACUUCAUUGCGUCGAAUAAUAAGGUUGAGAACGGGAAAUGUUGUUUUCAACUAUAUGUACUAUAACAAUAAGUUGCAGAGAACAGAAGUGACAGAGGACUUCACCUGUCCUUUCUGCUUGGUAAAAUGUGCCAGCUUUAAGGGUUUGAGAUAUCACUUAUGCUCAUCCCACGAUCUAUUCAACUUUGAAUUUUGGGUAAAUGAAGAAUAUCAAGCUGUAAAUGUAUCUGUGAGAAGUGACAUUUGGAGAGCUGAGAUUGUUGCUGAUGGCAUGGAUCCUAAGCAACAGACAUUCUUCUUUUGUUCGAAGCCACUAAGACGGAGGAAACGGCCGGAUUUAGUACAAAAUUCAAAGCAUGUGCACCCACUUGUUUUAGAUUCAGAUUUCCCUACGUCAAUGAAUGAGCUCAAUGACAGGGUUAAUGGUGUUGCUGAUGCUGUAGUGUGUGAUCCAUCAAGUUCCAAUGGUGCAGGUGUUUCCUCUGCAACUGGUCACUUGUAUCCAGAUCCUGAUUCUGUUCAGUCAGUACCAGGAAGCACUCUUGCCCCCCCAGCACUGCUUCAGUUUGCCAAGUCAAGAAAGUUAUCAGUUGAGCGCUCUGAUCCCAAAAAUCGUGCCCUCCUGCAAAAAAGGCAAUUCUUUCACUCUCAUAGGGCCCAGCCCAUGGCACUGGAGCAAGUUUUAUCAGACCAAGACAGUGAGGAUGAAGUUGAUGAUGAUGUUGCAGAUUUUGAAGAUCGAAGGAUGCUUGAUGAUUUUGUGGAUGUGACCGAAGAUGAGAAGCAGUUGAUGCACCUGUGGAACUCAUUUGUUAGAAAGCAAAGAGUGUUGGCAGAUGGUCACAUCCCUUGGGCGUGUGAGGCCUUUUCGAAGCUACAUGGUCGGGAGUUUGCCCAAGCACCAACCUUGCGGUGGUGUUGGAGCUUAUUCAUGACAAAGUUGUGGAACCAUGGCCUUGUUGAUGCACGUACAAUUAACAAGUGUAACCUAAUAUUAGAACAGUUCCAAAGCCAAGAUAAUGAUUCCACUCGAAGCUGAAUACCCGUUCGACAAUUUGUUACCAUCUAGCUAUGGAUUUGGUGGUGAUACAGCUUUGUGGCUGGAUCUACAUCUCGGAAUUUUCAACAUUUGUUUUUCUGAUGUUAUUGUGGCCAGAUGCCUUUUUUGUCUUUUAAGAGUAUGAUAUGCUAAAUUAUUAAUAUUUUACAGGGGAUAUAUAGAGUUAGGCAUCUGCUGCUUAAAUUGGAAAUCAAUGAUUCUCAUUGUUCGAGGGCUCUGUUAUAUCUUGAA